AUGGCGUGCGAGUUGUGUGUGUUUCUGUGGUGCUUGUGUGUUUCAGAGAUUCAGUGUCAUGACUGGGGUGUGUGGAGCAAGGGUUCGGUGCGGGUGUAUGACGGGGAGGUGGCGUAUCUCUACUGUCCGCUCUUCUCUCAUCCCACGCUCUACAGCUACAGUCAGACUCAGAACAGCAGUCUGUCUCUGCUGUGGUACCGACACCCACACACACACGAGCUGGAGCAGCCCAUCAACCUCAAACUACACACACUGCACAAAGACCGCGAGUACCUGUGGAUUCAGCCGGCCUCGGCGCAGGACGCCGGACUCUACAUCUGCAUGCUCCGCAACAUUUCCUCGUGUGUGAAGAUCGGCGUGGAGCUGGAGGUGAUUCAGAAGGACGGAGAGUGUGACAGGAGAGCUCAACCUCACCUGAACCUGACUAUACCGUUCCAGAGCGAUCAAACCCUCACCUGUCCAAACCUGAACACACUCACGCUGCCCAACAGCACACACUCCGUCAGCUGGUACCACUUAUGCAGGACUGAACUGUUUCGAGGAGACCGGGAGCUGAAAGGAGAUGAUCUGGUGAUCUACAGGAUGAUGGAGCCGUACACCGGACUCUACACGUGUGUGGUUUCUUAUCAGAUGAACGGACGCACGCUCCAGUUCACACGCAACAUCAACGUCAUAGCUGUUGUUCCUGAUGUGGGCAGUAAAGUUCCCAUCGUUCUGAAUCCCGCGAGCGAUCAGAUCUACACAGUGACUCUGGGAGACACAGCGACGCUGUCCUGUCGUGUGCUUCUGCCUCACCUGUACGAGGAAAAGCAGUACAUCUGGUGGACCGUCGAUAACAAAACCCUGGAGCAGCUCGCCGACCCGCGAUUCAGCUCACCUGAGGCCAAGCUUGUGUCGAAUGAUUACGGUGACGAGAGGAAAGAACGAGUCCUGUAUGUGAUGGAUUUUUCAGCUGACGACCUGCAGAGGGAGUUUAACUGCUCCGCCAGAAACAGCCGCGGGAUUAACACCAGCAGAGCCGUACUCAAAACCGAACCGUACGUCCCGACUCUAGAGCUGGGCUGUGGUUUAGGUGUGACGCUGGCGCUCAUGUUGAUGAUGUUCGUCAUCUAUCACGUGUUCUGGCUCGAGCUGCUGCUGCUCUAUCGCUCGUGGUUCGGCUCAGAUGAGAGAUACACGGAUGAUAAGCAGUAUGACGUGUACAUCUCAUACGCUCGCAACAGUGAGGAGGAGGAGUUUGUUCUGUCCACGCUGCGUCGAGUCCUGGAGACUGAGUUCGGUUACUCCGUCUGCAUCUUCGACCGGGACAGUCUUCCUGGAGGAACUAUAACAGACGAUACGCUGAGGUUUGUGGGUCAGAGCCGCAGGCUGGUGGUGGUUGUGAGUCCGUGCAGCGCUGUCCGCGGGACACAGGCUCUGCUCGAGCUGCAAGCCGGACUGACCAGCAUGCUCCACGGCGGCAGCCUCAGGGUGGUUCUGAUCCAGUUCAAACCGGUCCAGAGGAAGAGCUGGGUCAAAGAGCUGCGCCGGGCCCGGCUGGCGCUGACCCUCGUACGCUGGCAGGGCGAGAAAUCGGCCCCUCUGUCCUCACGCUUCUGGAAACAGCUGCAGCUGGAGCUGCCCAUGAGGAGGAACACACAACACACACAACACACACAACACACGCAAACGCUGCUACCAGAUAUCACACAACACACACCCGACACACACACACAAAACACACAUCAUGCAGAAGAGAAACUCAUCGAUCCUUACUCUACCAGUGCCUUAUAGACAUCAGCUGUGUCCAUAGUCAAGCUUUUGCAUAGCGCUUUUCACAAUCUGCAUCAUUUCAAAGCAGCUUUACAGACAGUGAAUGUCAUAUAGUAUUUUCAGUGUAAAUUUUGUAUUAUAUUUAUACUGUAAUGGUAU